GCAAGAGCGGCUCAGUACACACGAGAACCUGCUGAAGGCCGUUGGAGUCGUGCGUUGUAAAUUAUGUACAUAAGUUACUGACAUUAUUCGGGUACACAUGAAUGGCCAGUCGCACAACUUGGAGCCGACGCACCGAGCAGCGAGCGGGGAAAUCUGUGGACCAACGGCAAAGCAUCGUCUGAACUGGAACACGUACACCAAGUGCUGUGUGCCCGUCUCUCACACAAGGACCGAGGCUCGACGGCUCCGGUGGGGGAUUUUCAAGCCGACAACACCGCGGCAAGCGUUUAAAAUGUAAAGAGAAAAACCGCAAACGGAGCCGCGACAUUUUUUUCUAAAGCCUUUCCUCCCCAUUUUUUUUUUUUUUUUUUUGUAAACGUAUUUUUUUCAGUGGGUGUAAAAUAAUUUUGUAGGGAGAAAGCCCGUUGUAAAUCUGGUGUAAUAACGUUUGUAAAUAGCUAUAGGCAUAAUAAUAAAAUAAAAAAAAUUUAAAAAAUGAUCAGUUAUCAAUGAGUUAGCUGGCUGUCUGGGCUAACCAGCUCGUUUUUUUAAAUUCUUUUUCAAAUAAAUAUAUCGCUGGACCGACGAACUACGAUGCUGCAUUUGGGGUUUACUUGAAGAUAUUCACACAACAACAGUUUGAAAGAAAAACACCGCAGCUUUCCCGACAGACUCCUGGUUUAGUGUGUGUUUGUAAGAGCUGGGAGACGUGUGGUUUUCUUUGCUUAGUACUGCACCUAGGUGGGUUCUGAAGAAAAUGUAGGAAAUGUUGAGGAGAAAAGUGAGGACAGAAACUAUUCUCCAACACCUGUGGUUUCACCCCCCUGUGCUACCAUAAAGCAUCAAAGUAAGAAAAGGAGACAGAGAAGAAGAGAACGGAGGAAAAGUGGGAGAGGGUCACCAGUUUGGGGCUUCAGCCAUCUGCAGCACUGGAAGAACAGCCUGACCGACUAGAAGGGGUGAGUGGGUGACCACAGAAAGAGAGAGAGACGGGGACUGACGGGGGAGCAAAGGUUUGGAGGAGGAGGAGGAGGUCUAGCAGGGGAGGGAAAGGCCAUUCCACAUGGCUACUGACCCAGGAGAGCCCACAGGCACCGAGGACUCCUCGGAGAAACCUGAUGGACAGAGGGAGGAGGACACGGAGCGGGAGGGGAGGGCCGACCAACAGAGGGAGAGGACACGCAGCACCCCCUCAGACAUCUCCUCCUCCCAGACUCAGGAGAGGAGAGCGACAGGAGGAGAGGAUGGGGCAAUCCAAGGAGGAGGAGGAGGAGGAAGAGGAGGAGGAGGCGAAGCCAGCCAGGAGGGCGUGGAGACCACACUAAAACCAGUUUCAUUCUCCACACCCUCCUUACCAGUUGACACUGGUCAGAAACGACUGAGGAGGGAGAAACGCUUCUUCAGGAAGAGUGUGGAGAUUUGUGAGGAGGACGAUGAUGUGGAGGUACCGCCUGAGGCGCCCCACAGUGCUCCACACCUGGAGCUGCGUUCCUCAGACUCAGUCUUUACCAGCAAUGCCCAGCAGCAAGGGGUUGCUUCAUCCUGUGCUGCUCUGGGCCAUGACCCGUCUUGUCCCAGCUCCAGCCAGGAGCCUGGCAAGGAUGCUCCUUCUUCCACACCCACCCAAAGGGGGAAGGAGAGGGACCGUGAGCAGGAGGAGGAGGCGGAGAUGAAGGCUGUGGCUACAUCUCCUGGAGGCCGGUUCCUCAAGUUUGACAUUGAACUGGGCAGAGGAGCCUUCAAAACUGUGUAUAAAGGCCUGGACACUGAGACCUGGGUGGAGGUGGCUUGGUGUGAACUUCAGGACCGCAAGCUGACCAAGGCGGAGCAGCAACGCUUCAAGGAGGAGGCUGAGAUGCUGAAGGGGCUUCAGCACCCCAACAUCGUCCGCUUCUAUGAUUCCUGGGAGUCUGUGCUCCGUGGAAAGAAGUGCAUCGUACUGGUCACUGAACUUAUGACUUCAGGAACACUCAAAACAUACCUUAAGCGCUUUAAGGUGAUGAAACCCAAGGUCUUGAGGAGUUGGUGCAGGCAAAUUCUGAAGGGCCUCCACUUCCUUCACACCAGGACUCCUCCAAUUGUCCACCGGGACCUCAAGUGUGACAACAUCUUCAUAACAGGCCCCACAGGUUCAGUCAAGAUAGGUGACCUCGGACUGGCCACUCUGAUGAGGACCUCCUUUGCAAAGAGUGUCAUAGGAACACCAGAGUUCAUGGCUCCAGAGAUGUAUGAGGAGCACUAUGAUGAGUCUGUGGAUGUUUACGCCUUUGGGAUGUGCAUGCUGGAGAUGGCUACUUCAGAAUACCCCUACUCUGAGUGCCAAAAUGCAGCUCAGAUCUAUCGCAAAGUCACAAGUGGUAUAAAGCCAGCUAGCUUUGAUAAAGUGAAUGACCCAGAGAUAAAAGAGAUAAUCGAAGGCUGCAUUCGUCAGAACAAGAGUCAGAGACUCUCGAUCAGAGACCUCCUGAACCAUGCAUUCUUUGGAGAGGACACAGGGGUCCGGGUGGAGCUGGCAGAAGAGGACACAGGCACCCAGGACUGUCUGGCUCUCCGGAUUUGGGUUGAAGAGCCGAAGAAGCUGAAGGGGAAACACAAAGACAAUGAGGCCAUUGAGUUCAGCUAUGACCUCGAGAAUGACAGCGCUGAGGAGGUGGCUCUAGAGAUGGUGAAAUCAGGUUUCUUCCAUGAGAGUGAUGCCAAGGUGGUGGGAAAAUCCAUCCGGGACCGAGUAAAUCUGAUCAAAAAGUCACGGGAGCGUCGACAGCAGCAGCUCCUCCAGCAGCACCAGGGCUUUGAGGAAAGAAGAGACUCUGCUCUUACCUCCUAUGCCUUUUCUCAUCCAUCCUGCCUGUCCUCACUGGGGCCUGGGGCAGCUGGACAGACAGGAGGAGGAGGAGGAGGGCAGGAGUCUGAGGAACUGCCUGAGGUGGACCAGCAUGUCAGACAGCAGCAUAUUUUCAGUGGGACAACCCUUGGUCUGCCAGAAGGUGAGAGCAUGGGUUCGGCUAGCUGUGAAUCUUAUGCAAGUGGACAGAGCCAGGCAUACUCUCAGCAAGGGGAGUCAUACACCCACUCCCAGACGACUCUCCCCCCAACAGCACCUGGAGCUGGUGCUUUGGCUCAUCCUCAGAUGCUCUCCACUGGUGAGAGUGGAAGUGUUCCAAGCGUGCCUCUUGGUCAAAGUGUUAGUAUGUCCAGCAUGUCCAUAGGCCAAAGUGGAGGGGGGCCCGUUGGUCAGACAUUUCUUCAGCCCAGUACCAUGGUUCCACAGGUAUCACCAAGUGUACCUCAACAAUAUUUUCAGGAUGGUCCAUACCUGUCAAGUACAGAACAUCAUUCUUCUUCAGGGUCAGUUCCAGCUAAUGGAGAAGAAACUCUUCAGCUCUUGGCCAAUGGGAAAUUAGACAAAUUAAAAACUCAAAGAAGGACUUCCUGUCAGAGACCUGAGAAAGUCUCACAUCAGUUUCAGCUGAGCAUGCUCCAGGUGUCUGGGAGCGGUGACAAUAUGGUAGAAUGCCAGCUGGAAACCCACAGCAACAAGAUGGUGACAUUUAAAUUUGACAUUGAAGGAGAUGCGCCUGAGGACAUAGCAGAUUACAUGGUGGAGGAGGACUUUGUCCUGGAUGUGGAGAAAGAGAAAUUUGUUGAGGAGCUUAGAGCGAUAGUUAAGAAAGCCCACGAAAUUCUUCAGACACAUUCACAGACUGGAUCAACUGAUCAGCUACAUGUGAGCACUCCCACUAGUUCAACAACGGACUCAGUGCCCCAUUCCUCCCCAGUGGGACGCUGGCGCUUUUUCAUCAACCAGACCAUCCGCCAUAGGGACUCUCUUUCCAGCCAAGGAGCAGCUACACCACCACCAACUACAGAAACAAAGAUACCCCAGUCUCCUGAAACAGAGAAAGAAAGUGAAGGAUCCCAGAGUCUGGAGUCCUUGACUGGAAUGGCCUCUCCCCCCUGCCCCACCCUUUCUGCCACCUCCUCUUCAGUCUCCACUGUCUCAGCCCCUGCUUCCAUGUCCUCCCCAGCCACCGCUGCUCAUGCUCCUCACACCGUUGCCUCUGAAAGCAUCUCUGCACCAGUUUUCACUCUUGAAGCCUCUGUCACUGCUUCAGGUGGUCCUGAACUGCCAGUCCUCACCUCAGCUUCUGCUGACCAGAUUUCCAGUGCUUCCUCAUCCAUAGCAAUGCCUGCUGCUGCUAACCUUGCCACCUUAUCCACUACUCCCACUGUUGUUUCUCCCACACCCAUGACCAUUCGUCCUGAUAUCCUCAUUUCUCCUGGAACCAGUGGUUGCUCCACUGUAGGUCACAGUAUAGGGGAUACAGUGAUAACUGCUCCAAGGUCAUGUGUGUCUGCAGCAGAUCAGUCCUCAACCUCUUUUCAUUCCCCUCCUCCUGCUGCUGCAGUGGCCUCUUCAGCGGUAAGCCAACUUGGCAUGGAGCAGCAGCAGACAGUUACCCAGGUGGCCAAACCUGCCCAACAGCAACCUCAACAACCACAGCCACAGCUACAGCCUGCAUUACAGCAGCACGUACAAGCAGCUCAACAGCUGCAAGCAAUGCAGCUUGAGCAACAGGCACAACAGAUACAGCAGGCAACACCACAACAACAACAGCAAUCACAACAUCAAGUGUACCAAGAACAAAUUCAGCUGCAGCAGGAGCGAGCUUUGCAACAGUCUCUCCAGCAGUUACAACAACAACAGCUCGUGCAGAAACAAAUUCCACUUCAACAACAGCUGACUGAGGUGCAGGUGCUACCUCGUCCAGGCCAUGCAGAGGUGUUACAGCAGUCUGUGCCCCUACCGCAGGCCCAACAGCCCCUUCUUCAACAGCAAACAGCACAGUUUACACCACAGUUGCUGCAACAGUCUCAGCUGCAGCAGCAACAGUUAAACCUACAACAGACAAUACAGUUACAGCAACAGCAAAUGGUGCAACAGCAGCUACAGCAGCAGCAACAUCAGCUGUUUAUGGGUGCUGUGGCUUUAAAGCCAGAUCAAAGCCAAAUGUUGCCGCUGUCAAUUAGUCAACAGUUUCUACAACAACAGGCACAGCUAAAUGUUAGCCCUGUACCGCAACAGCAGAUUCCGCAACAAACCCAAAUCCCUGCUGAGCUGGCACAACAACAUGUACAGCCACAGAAACUGCUGCAACACAUUGAGCAGCAACAGGAGGUUGUCAAAGCCAUGGACACACCCCAGAAACAGCUGCAGUUUGCACUGCAGAAGCAGUCCUCUUUACAUAUGUCAGAGUCAGAGGUGUCCACAGGAGAGACAAGUGUCACAGAGGACACAGGUAGCUACUCUGCCCCUUUCCACCCUUCCUCUGACUCUUCUCUGCCGCCUCUCCAUCUGGGCACUGCUGAAGCCCCUUUACCCACUCUCUCCCUCACAAUGACACCAUCCCCUGCACAACCUUCCUCUGUGGCCGAGUCAGACAGUGAAGGCCCCCCCAAAAUUGAAUUUGUAGACAACCGCAUAAAGACACUGGAUGAAAAGCUGAGGAACCUGUUGUAUCAGGAGUACAGCAGCGGGGCAGCAUUGGCCGGAGGAGCUGCCUCAUGCCCUACAUCAGCUGCCUCCACAUCAGCAGGAGGAGACGAGUCAUCUGAGCCACAGUCGCUUCACCCCUUCCUCCCACCUGCCUCCUCCUCAGACACUUCUCCCCACUCCUCGUCCUCCACUACCUCCUCCACCACCUCACGCUCCUCCUCCUCCUCCCCCGACCCAGAGAAGGAUGGAGGGCGAGAGGAUGCUUCCUCAGGAGUGCCCAACUCUGCCGAGCUGGGUCCGGUGGAGCAGCAGCCUGGCCCAUCUCUCCCAUCCACCUCUGCCUCGUCGACCCCGCCUACCUCUCUCCUGCCUCCCAAACAGGAUGACUCCGCUGGGCUUCAGCGCCCACCUGUUCCAGGAGAACCAACCAUUCUUGCUGUACCCCCACACUCUGACACCAGUACCACUGGAGAUGCAUCGUGGCCCCCCAAUCAGCAACCGAUACCCCUCCGGCAUGGACAGCAGCAGCACAAUGCAGGAGGUGGAUAUUUUGGCCUAAACCUGACAUGUCCUAGUAUCAGAAAUCCUGUUAGCAAGAAAUCCUGGACUCGCAAAUUCAAAAACUGGGCGUGCAAACUGCGCCACUCCGCCAGCUUGUUCAAGAAGCCCAGAGUCCAGCAAGAAGGACGCUCCAGCAGUCAGGCACUUAAGGAGGAGGAGGCGCCACCCCUAAAUCCACCUCAGUCACGCAAAGGACGAUUUCAGGUGACUCCUGUGCCUCAGACCUCUCCUCCAAAGGAUGCGCCAUCAGGCCAUGGUAGCACUCACCGGAAAGUGGGACGCUUCUCUGUAACCCAGGCUGAGACCAAGAAAGAGGAUGGCCAGACUGACAGCUCUCCAGUGUCUCCUCAUUUGGAGCGGGAGAGGAGGAGAUCUCGGGCAAAGGAAGGGGAGAAAGAUGAAAGUAAGAGGACCCCAGCGAUGGCCCAUCUGUCUCGAGGUCAUGGACACAGCCACUCACCCUUGGGCAGCAGUGAUGAUGAUGAUGAGAGUGAGCUGGAGGAUGAAGACCUGAAAAGGGAACUACACAAACUCAGAGAGAAGCACAUCAAAGAGGUGGUAUCCCUUCAGGCCCAGCAGAACAGAGAGCUGCAGGAACUGUACAGACAGCUCCGUUCCCUCAAAGACCAAAGGCAGAGUCUGCCUGUCUCCCUCUCCCGAACGCCUCCUCUUCCCACGGCACCUAUCCUCUCUCCUCGCAGGCCCAGGCCGGCGAAAAUCAAACUCCGACCCCGGCCUCACUCUCACAUGGAUAACAAUGGAGUUACUCACUCUGGCAUUCAGCAGUCAAGUAGUUUCUCAGGUGGUGAACAGAGUAGACUGCCUCUAUACUGCAACCCAGAGCACUGCCCGUCACUGCCAGCUAAAAGAGAUCACAGUCCCCUAAGAAAAAGCACAUUCACAGAUGAACUGCACAAACUUGUUGAUAAUUGGACGAAGGAGAUGGUGGGCCCCGCCCCACCCAAGCCUUCACUAAAUCAGAUCAAGCAGAUUCAGCAGGUGCAGGAGUUGGGAGGCUGGAGCCAGCCGACUGAGGUGGCUCCAUCAGGUUGGUUUCCAGUGGCACCACUGAACCCCCAGGCAUCCCCAGCCCCUGCCAGCUUGCCUGUGGCAGCCCCUUCGCCUUACACAGGUGGGGGGAACCUGUCCACACUGCCCUCUCCAGGACCUCCACCACAAACGCACAUGGCACAGGUGCCACAGAUGCAGCAAAGUUUACACCUCCAUCAGUCUCUCCCCCUCCAACAGAUGACCUAUCAGCAGUCCCCACUCCACCAGCAGAUACCACAGCCCCGGAUGCAAACCCCCAUACAGUCUCAGUCAGUACCACAGACACAGCCCAUUACCCAGCUGCCCCACUCACCACCUCAAAGCCAACCGCUGCUGCCUUCCCAAAUGCCCACAUCUCCAGUGUCCACAGCCACGUCUCUGCUGCCUGGCAGUGGCACCACAGCAUCCACAGAUAGUACUGCUGCUACUGGGGGGACAUUUUGCUCCUGUUCCUCAUCCUCCUCCACCUGUUCCUCCUCUUGCUCUACUGCUGCUCUACCUUCCAGUGCCAAAAUUCACCCAACACCCCCCACCUCCACUCUUCCUCUGGGACAGAAAUGAAACCAAGGCAAAGUGUGAGGUCAAUAUGAAGGUGCAAGAGAUGGAAAUAUUAAGUUGAUCAGGACGUAAAGCAGAUCCAUUUGAAGUGUUAGUUCUGUGUAUGUAUGAGAGAGUUCUGACUGCAAUGAAUAUAUGGAUUCAAGUGUACUUCUGGAUGAGAUGGAGAGUGAAUGUGAGAGAUGGUAGAUUCUAGUAUGUACAAGAGAGAGAGUAAUAUGGGACACAGCAGCUGGGGUUUAUGAAUCAUGGUAUGUUUGGGUGUUAAGAUGUACAAAUUCUUUAAUGUAUGAGUGUGUGCAUUUAUGAGUGUGGGCGAGCGUUUAGUGAUUAUCCAAGUACAUAUCCCUUAUGUCCUUUGACACAAAUUAACGUUCAUGUUUUUGUUUUCAAACCAACUCAGUUGGACCUGAACUCUCCCUAAGCAGAGACAAGAAGGACAAAACAUUUGACAGUGUGUUGACAUUUUUUGUUUUAAUUUGUUAAUGCUUACAGUGAAAGGACUAUCAAUUUUAAAAGUGCAAUUAGCAAUGGUCAUCUAAAUUGAUCAGCAUGUAUUGUAUUGGUUUGUCUGUAAGGCAUAAAAUAUUUUUGUAGAAGCACAUUGAUGAAAACCAAGCAGAGAGCAUUUUUGUGAUCUUUUAAAACUGUAUGCCUACAGCACAAGGCGUUUUAAUGGGCAAUGAAAAAAAACAACAACAGCAUGUUACACAUUAGAGCACGGUGAAGUUAUCUGGCUACUAUCAUUACCACAAUACAACCAAAUACAUUGUUGCAGUGUCGUGCACUGUACAGCAUGUGCUUAAUUUGUAUUAUUUUAUGUUUGUAACACAGAAGCAGUCUGAAUUACCAUGAGUGAUAUGAUAUAAAUUCAGAUGCAUUCUUAAUAUGAUGGCAAAUUGAAAUAUGCGAUCUGUGUUCAGUGGAUACCUGGGUACACUCAGGGCAAGUCUGCAUGACCUUAGGAACUAACUUGACUUGCCUGAGUGCAAACUGCUUGCACUUGCUGUAUAUUAAUGAAUCCUACAUUUACUGUUUGCAGCCUACUGAGACAAUUAAUCCAUUUGCGUUCAGUAUGACAUGCUUUCACAUUUGACGUUUGUGCUUUCAGUUUGAGCUCCGCAUAUCAAAGUAUAUCACGGUGUCAUGCUGAGGAGGAGAACAAAAAAGAAGAAAAACUGCCAAGUUUUCAUAGACAGGGGAGACCAUAUGGGUUAUUCCCAUAUUGCCUUUUAAAAUUACUGCAUUUUUUGUGAGUGUGUGAGUGUAUAAUUUUUGUGUGACAAAGCUUUGUGAUAGUCCCAUGGUGUAUUGCAUUAUAAACUGCACCCCUGUUUCUUUAAUUCAAAGUGGCCUCUCAAAUGUCACUGUACCCAAAUGAAAAUGUUUACUCUGCCUAUGUCUUAGGCUUGUUUCCUCAAGAGACAAAACAAGUGAGAGCUUAGACCAUAUACCAGUCUUAAGUUUGAUGUCCAACACUGUGGUGGGAUCCUCACUUGCCUAUUUGUUAACUUUGUUUGGCGUAGUACAAAUUCCUUAUUUCAAUUGUGAACUAUUUAGUCUUCAACCAUAGGCUUGUCAGUGUGAAUACAUCUGUCAGAAGCUGAACUGCAGGCCAUAAUUGUGCUUCAUGCACUCAGCAAAUGGUUUACUCAAGUCAAAAAUGUUCAAUUCCUCUAUUUCUAAACUCACUUCAUUUGUAGUUGCAGAGAUACAAAGAGUAAUAUAUCAGCAGCAGAUAUAUUACUAUACAUUUUAUUGGGUUAUCAGUGCACUUAGCCAUACACACAUUUGACCAUCGAUGGUCAGUAAUUUUUAUUUUUGUUUUUGGCAUAAUAAGUAGCCUGUAGUCAAAGCAGCAUUUCUGUUUUAUUAAUGAUAGAUUGUGUGCCACAGAAAACAGGAGAUUGUCCAGGUUGUUAUAGACUGCUAAAUGUGAGUCAAAGAAAUUUAAAACAUGAACGGUUAAGGAGGACUAGUUUGUGCUAAAGGGUAUGGUUGUUCAGAAACUGCAAUUGCAUAAUCUAGAGUAUAACAAUGGAUUUUUUUUUUUGGUAUUUGUUGCUUUUCAAAACAACCCACAUUUUCACAGAGAUGUAGUUCAUUGCUAGUGAAAGUGAGAUACUGUGCUGUCAUGUCUGAUACUAACAUGUUGACUGCAAGCUACAGCUUAACGAUUAUGACUCAUAAUGUGGAGCUGGCUUUGUCCUUGAAGUGUUACCAAAAUGUUAUCUAAAAGAUAAAGAUUAUUUUUGUAUUUUGAAAUGGGGUUGUAUAAAUUGUAAAAUUGUGUUCUCAUCAUUAUAAAUCAGAGGUUAUUUGAAACUAGAAAACACUGGUUUUCUUCCCUGCUGACAUGGGACUCCCCUGCCUUGAUAUACCUCUCUGUGUCCUGACAGGCCAGGGUCAUUUAAGAUUAUAUUCAGAGAAUUUUUUUUGUCAUUUUUGACAUUUCAGCUUUGAACCAUGAAAACCUGGAUGAUACAUAACAAAAUGACAUAAGCCUUUGUGCUGGGCUGCAGGUCGAAUAUAGUAAACUUCCAAAUUAAUGCAACAAAAACCUGGGGAGUCCCAAAUAGCAUGACUGAGAACCAAUAAUAAAAGGACAUUUGGGCAAAGAAACCUAGAAAAAUGAGGUAUGUUGCUGGUGAUUUAGCCUCUGUAAAUUGUAACUAAUUCAACUGUUGAUUUUAUUUAUGUUUUGUAACUAAUCAAAAUAAAUGAUGUUAAACAU